GACAAAUCGUGACAGGGAUUCAACAUCUAACGAUUAAACAAUCUUCUCUCUCUAUAUAAAUAUACAUAUAUAUACAUGUGUAUAUAUAGAUUCCUGAAUUCAACGGUGCCGUUUUGACCCAUUUCAGCCACCUACGCCACCAUUUCAUUCCUCUCAAUUUUCGGCUGCACCAAUUCAUCACCCUUCUGUAAUUUGUUCCGUUUCAUCUCGGUUUCUCAAGAUUUGAGGAAUUGGGUAGGUUUUGUUUGAGGGAUUUUUGUUUGAAAUAUGGCGGCUAUGGCUCAGCUGCAUUGUUCUGUUCGCCCUAGGCAUCACUAUAAUGUUCCUAAUAAUCCUGCCUAUAACAGCACACCGGCUUUCUCUUUUCUGUCUAAUUCAUCGGUUGUUGAAUCGAGGAGUCGAUCUCUCUCUUUUUUUAAUGCGGAUUUAACUAGGCCUAGUUUUCUAGCGAAAUCUGAGCUUUCUCUGGCUGGAGGCGACGGUGGAAACGGCGUUGGCCACGGCGGAAGAGGUGGCGGAGGUGGGGGUGAUGGUGGUUGGAGUGAUGAUCGAACUCAUGGGGAUGAUAAUGAUUCAUCGAGUUUUGGAGUGUUGGGAUUGUUUCUUAAAGGAUGGAGAUCUAGAGUUGCUGCAGAUCCACAGUUUCCUUUCAAGGUAUUGAUGGAAGAAUUGGUUGGUGUGAGUUCUUGUGUUCUUGGAGAUAUGGCGUCCCGUCCCAACUUCGGCCUCAACGAGCUCGACUUCGUCUUCUCCACCCUCGUCGUCGGAUCGAUACUGAAUUUCACUCUCAUGUAUCUGUUGGCUCCCACUGCAGCAGCCGGUGCAGCAGCCAAGCAGCUUCCUGCAAUCUUUGCAAGUUGCCCCACAAGUCAUAUGUUUGAACCCGGUGCAUUCACACUUUUAGAUCGAUUGGGUACUUUUGUUUACAAGGGUACCGUCUUUGCUGCAGUGGGACUAGCAGCCGGGCUUGUCGGGACUGCACUCUCGAAUGGUUUGAUCAAACUAAGGAAGAAGAUGGAUCCUGGAUUCGAGACGCCGAACAAGGCGCCUCCUACAUUGUUGAAUGCCAUGACUUGGGCCAUUCACAUGGGGGUUAGCAGUAACUUGAGAUAUCAAACUUUGAAUGGGGUUGAAUUUUUGUUGGCCAAGGGACUUCCUCCUUUGGCAUUCAAGAGCUCUGUGGUGGUGUUGAGAUGUUUGAACAACGUUCUCGGGGGCAUGUCGUUUGUCGUCCUUGCACGGUUGACAGGUUCACAAAGUGUCGAGGGGCCGAAGCCGGCAGUAAUGGAGUUGGAUUCUGGUGAUGAGAAAGAGAAGCUGUUGGAGGGAGAUAAAGAAGAGGAGUUAAGGGGCAACCAGACAGCUUGCAAGUGAGAAACAAUGGAUCAUUGAGAUUAAGAGAAUGGCUUUUAUGCAAGAACUUGGGUGGUAUCAUUAAAGCUUUGUCUCCCUUGUUAAUAUAUGCUCCAAGCUCUGACUAAGGAUCAUUUUACUUUGCUUGUAACAAUAAGAAGCUCAAAGUGUUGCGAGGAUUCUGAAUUAUUAGGUACUAUUAUGAGGUUUUACUAAGAGUUUUUAUGGAUGAAUGAGCUGUUUUACUUUC